UGGGCUGAGAGCAGAGUGUUGCUUGUUGCCUUCAUUCAAGAUGGCGGCACAACGCCACAUUUUUUUCCCUUGCAUUCAAAGAUUUGGGUUAUUUUCCUCGGAGCCUUUCAGGUGGCUAUGGAGAAAAAGCCUUGCUGGUUAUUGUCCGAAACUAUAAUUAGAGGGGGAAAAUAUUGUAACCUCCAGAUGUUCCUAACAGAAGAAAGAAAACUAACCAUUCACAAAUACUUCUUGCCAGAAUGCAAUUCCUACAGAUACUGUCCAGGAAACCAGGGAAACUGGAAAUGCUUGUUCAAAUACCGUUUUGUCAAAAGCAGUUCCCAUACACAUGUCUGGCUACUUCUGCAUGUAUUUAUGGUAAAAAGAAAAAAGCAAACGGUUACGAACAAGUUGACCAAGAAAAGUACAAGAACUUGGUCUACUCUGUUACGUCUUACAAAACCAGCGCCCAAACACCGGAGACAUUAUUUGAAGAAGACAAUUUGUUAUAUGGGCCACCAGAUAAACACAGACCUCCAGUUAAAGCUGGGACAAAGACUCCCAAGAACUGGGUUCCUUUAAUAAACCCCAACAAGAGAAUUCCUCCUCUCAACAGUGAUUCAAACCUCCCCAGGAAAAUCGCGUUACAAAAAACAAAAAUGCCCAGUGUUACCCAUAUUCUUCAACAAACUCUCUCUCCACAGCAAGUCUUUUAUUUAGAAAGAUGGAAGGAGAAAAUGAUAGCGGAACUUGGAAAAGAUGGUUUUGCAAAGUAUACCAAAAAUCUUUUCCUCCAAGGAGAGCUCUUUCAUUCAGCUUUGGAAUCUAUAUUCCUGUCUGAAGAGAUGGCAAUUAAGGAGAAGAGCAAAGAUGGUGUUAUUUCUGGUUACUUAUCAAGUGUGGAACAUGUCUUAGAAGAUAUCAGCGAAGUGAAAGCUCUGGAAAGUGCUGUUCAUCACGAGACCCUUCAGUAUCUGGGCCUGGUAGACUGCGUGGCAAAGUAUCGAGGCCAAUUGUGUGUGAUUGACUGGAAAACUUCAGAGAAACCAAAGCCAUUUCUGAAGAAUACUUAUGACAACCCAUUACAGGUUGCAGCAUAUAUUGGAGCCAUAAAUCAUGAUGCCAACUAUGACUUCCAGGUUCGCUGUGGACUCAUUGUGGUUGCUUAUAAGAAUGGCUUCCCUGCGCAUUCCCAUUUCAUGCAUCCUGAUCUGUGCCUGCAGUACUGGAAUAAGUGGCUUUUGCGCCUUGAAGAGUACAUGGACAGAAACUGAGAAGAAUCUAAGAAGAAGCAAGUGGUCUCAGCACAGAGACAAAGGAAGAAUCUUUUAAGUAUACCACUUUAGUUUACAUUCUUUUUUGAAUAACUUUGACUAAUUUCUUACCAUCAGGGGUAUUUUUUCCACUGUAAAAAGAACCAAAAAAUGAAAAAACCCCACAUGUGAAUUUUGAAUAGAGAAUAUGUAUUUGCUUAUGUUGUAGGUGACUUCAAUGGUCCAUGCAGGACAAAGUCAACUUAUUUAGCCUGUGUUUUUCCCCCACACAGUUUAUACAACCUGAGGUUUAUAGGAAAGUUGUUAUUAUCAAGUAAAACUGUUCAAUCAAGUCAUCCUUCUUUGAUAAUUUUUGAGAAAAAAAAUGGUUGCAGAACUAAGACUUCGAAAAUUGUUGGUGAACUGAAGCAAAAGAACAUCUGUAUUGUCUGAGCUGAGAGAAGUGAAAAUUAUAAAGAAAUUGAUAUAGUAGACUGGGUUUCAGUCAGUUCUUUUUUAGUUCUUGGUCAUGUCAAAGGUCUCUAUUAACAGGCUUGUUACUAUUUGUUGAUUUUCUUAAAACAACUGGAAAACCUGUCCUAAGAAUUACAAUGAAAGUUCUCAUUAAAUCUUGUUUAAAAUACUACAGCGAAGUGAUAAUUUAACAGAAGUGGCUCAAUAAGAGAGGAGCAGAAUUGUAAAGGAUACUCUUAGAAAUUUCCAGCAAGUUUUCUGAAAGGUGGGGAGUUUGGCUAUUAGUAGUGGUUCCUCCUGCAAGUUUCUUAACACAUAGCCUGUGCAGCCUGCAGAAGAGCCCUGGGAAAUGGGCUCUGUACCUUGGAUUGUGAGCUCUGUGCAGGCCAGGGCUGCAACUGCCUUGAGCUCUCUUGACUUCAUCGGAAGUCUGAGCCAACAAUAAGCGCUCCCAGGUGGAAGGAUCUCCAGUGUCCAGUGAGAGUGUACACCAGUCCACGUGAGUUUUUGUAUAAAAGCAAGCUUGUGGCUGUGAAGCCAGGCGUUCUGAGGAAUGAAGAGCUGCUGGUUGGUUUUUGGGGGGUGGUUUUUUUACAGGUGUGUGUUUGUUGUUUUGAUUUUUUUUUCAAAUAAGUUUGUGAAUAAACAUUUUGAAACAGAAGUUAAUUUUUAAGCUUAUAAAAUCAAGUCUGUAAGACAUAGAAUAAGCCUCAUUCUCUUUUUUUUUCUUUAAAUUGUAUGUAUGAGUUUUCACAAUAACACUG